AUGACAAAUCAUCUCCUUUCAAGAAAACAAUUUAUCAUUGAUGUUCUUCAUCCUGGCAAAGCCAAUGUUUCUAAGGUGGAACUGAAAGAGAAGCUGAAAAAUUUGUAUAAGGUGAAGGACCCAAAUACAAUCUUUAUUGCGGAACUGAAUGAGAAGCUAGCAAAUUUGUAUGAGGUGAAGGAUCCAAAUACAAUCUUUGUUCUCAAGCUUGCCACUAAGGUAGAAAAGUCAAGGAAACAAUUGAAGGAGAGAAAGAACAAGGCUAAGAAAGUCCAUGGAGUUAAGAAGACUAAGAUAGAAGAUGCUGCAAAAAAGAAGUGUGUUAUAGAGGAUUUUGUGAUGGUUUUUAUGUGCCCAUAUGCAUGUAUGUGUGUGUGUGUGGGGGGGGGGGUGAGGAUUAGGGUUGGUGUGGUGGCUCUUCUAUAG